UGUUAUCGAUGCUGACGAGUACUUUAUGUUUCGAUGCCUUCAUUUGAUGACCUUUUAAAUAAACGCACGAUCUAAGGAAGCUAGUGUUUUUUUAUUUGUGCUGUUGAGCGAGCGGAACAUUUAGUUAACUGGUGUACAUUUUGCCAAUUGUUCGAAACGAGAAGCAAACCCCAUCCUCGAAACGAAGAAAGUGCAAGCCUCGAAAGUGCAAAAAAAAGCGCGCAACUUGCUCUGUAGUACAGUGUUCAACUAGAAGCCAGCAAUAAUAACAACAAAGAUGGCCCAGGAUCAACAGGAUAUGCCCACAUUCAAGUGCGUGCUCGUUGGUGAUGGAGGCACUGGCAAAACGACAUUCGUUAAACGCCACAUGACUGGUGAAUUCGAGAAGAAAUAUGUUGCCACAUUGGGUGUGGAGGUGCAUCCAUUGAUCUUUCAUACCAAUCGCGGCGCAAUUCGUUUCAACGUUUGGGAUACGGCCGGACAGGAGAAGUUUGGCGGACUACGCGAUGGCUAUUACAUUCAGGGACAGUGCGCUGUCAUCAUGUUCGAUGUAACUUCGCGUGUCACUUACAAAAAUGUUCCUAACUGGCACAGAGAUUUGGUGCGUGUAUGUGAGAAUAUCCCCAUUGUUCUCUGUGGCAACAAAGUGGACAUUAAGGAUCGAAAAGUCAAGGCCAAAAGCAUUGUGUUCCACCGAAAGAAAAACUUGCAGUACUACGACAUCUCUGCUAAAUCGAACUACAAUUUCGAGAAACCAUUCCUUUGGCUGGCCCGUAAGCUGGUUGGCGAUCCCAAUCUCGAGUUUGUGGCAAUGCCAGCGCUGCUGCCACCAGAGGUCAAAAUGGAUAAGGACUGGCAGAUUCAAAUCGAACGCGAUUUGCAAGAGGCGCAGGCAACCGCCUUGCCAGAUGAGGACGAAGACCUAUAAGCAUAGUUAAUAACAAAGUAAACAUCAAGAAAAAGAAAAAAAAAAACGAACUGAAAAAAAUUUUUGUGAAAUCAACAAAUUGCGAAAUGGCAACUUGUUUACUUCUUGGCAGCGGCGGUAAAAAUUUGGCUGACAGCAUGUAUAUCGAUUAUAUUUAUUCAACCUUAUCGAUGCAUGGAAGUUCUUUAAAUUUAUAAACAAACGACACGAUA